AUGAUGGCAAGAGACAAGACCGACUUCACAUGUGAUGGCGCACUGGGGUUAGGGUCGUCUAUCUUGGGCGAUGCGCGGGCGCUCGAGCACUUCUGCUGCGAUAUAAACAAGGAUCCUGUUAUACUGAAACUGGGUCCCAAUCCGACCAUCCACGAAAUCACAGCACCUGUGUUGGACUGGUCAACAACACCUCUUGCACCAGACUACGACGGUUCAUACGUCAAAAUCCUCGACGACGUCUUCGAACCUUGGGAGUGUGACAAGCUCAUCGCACUCGCAGAGUCGGAUGCAGAGUGGAAGCAGGCUGCUGUCCACUAUGGCCUGAGGCCCGACCAGAAUUAUGUUAACACGGAUUAUCGGAACAGUGAACGAAUUUUGAGGUUCGACCAUGAUGCUGCAGAGAAGCUUUACGAAAGGCUUCUUCCGUAUGUCCAAGAGCUUCUGGAGAUCAAACCUGGAGACAAAUGGGAGGGUGUAGUUGGGCCACCAGGGCGCGUGCAAGGUACCUGGAAACUUGUUGGAUUAAACGAACGUCUAAGCUUCCUGCGCUACGGCAAAGGAAACUACUUUCGUGGUCACUGCGAUGGCCAACAGAAACUCCCUGACGGUCGCAUGUCCCGCGUCACUAUCCAGAUUUAUCUCGGCAAUGACGACGUCGAGGGAGGUUCAACCAGGUUCACUGGAAAUGCGGGCCGUGUAUACGAUGUCAUGCCGAAGAAAGGGAGGGUGUUGAUCUUCCAGCAGCGCAAUCUAUUCCACAGCGGAGAGGAUGUUAUCAGCGGCACAAAAUAUGCCCUGCGAUCUGACUUUAUGUUUAGACAACACCUCGACGACCAGGCCCUUUGCAACUGUAAGCCUCCAAUAUAA